AGACCAAACAGGACCUCUCAAAAAGCAGAGUUAAGAGCCUAGAGAGAGAUUCAAGAGCUCCAAAGUAUAGUAAAUUAGAGAAUCAAGUUAGAAAGCAGAAGUAGGCCCUAAUGCAGGUAUCCAUUUUUCAGCUAUAUUAACCUUUUAAAACACACACACAAAAAAUGGAUUUCAGAAACUCAUCUGACCAAAACUUGACCUCAGAGGAACUGUUAAACAGAAUGCUACCCAAAAUACUAGUGUCCCUCACUCUCUCUGGGCUGGCGCUGAUGACAACCACCAUCAACUCCCUUGUGAUUGCUGCAAUUAUUGUCACCCGGAAGCUGCACCACCCAGCCAACUAUUUAAUUUGUUCCCUUGCCGUCACAGAUUUUCUUGUAGCUGUCCUGGUGAUGCCCUUCAGCAUUGUGUAUAUCGUAAGAGAGAGCUGGAUUAUGGGGCAAGUGGUCUGUGACAUUUGGCUGAGUGUGGAUAUUACCUGCUGCACAUGCUCCAUCUUGCAUCUCUCAGCUAUAGCUUUGGAUCGGUACCGGGCAAUCACAGAUGCUGUUGAGUACGCCAGGAAGAGGACCCCGAAGCAUGCUGGCAUUAUGAUUACCAUAGUUUGGAUUAUAUCCGUUUUUAUCUCAAUGCCUCCUCUCUUCUGGAGGCACCAAGGAACUAGCCGAGAUGAUGAAUGCAUCAUCAAGCACGACCACAUUGUCUCCACGAUUUACUCGACCUUUGGAGCUUUCUACAUACCUCUAGCACUGAUUUUGAUCCUCUACUACAAAAUAUAUCGGGCAGCAAAGACAUUAUACCACAAGCGACAAGCAAGUAGGAUUGCAAAAGAGGAGCUGAACGGCCAAGCCCUUUUGGAAAGUGGUGAGAAAAACACGAGACUGGUCUCCACACCCUACGUACUAGAAAAGUCUUUAUCUGAUCCAUCAACUGAAUUCGAGAAAAGUCAUAGCACAGUGAAAAGUCCCAGGUCCCAAUUCAAGCAUGAGAAAUCUUGGAGGAGGCAAAAGAUCUCAGGCACAAGAGAACGCAAAGCAGCCACGACCCUGGGAUUAAUCUUAGGUGCAUUUGUGAUAUGUUGGCUUCCUUUUUUUGUUAAAGAAUUGGUUGUUAACGUCUGUGAAAAAUGUAAAAUUUCUGAAGAAAUGUCAAAUUUUUUGGCAUGGCUUGGAUAUCUCAAUUCCCUCAUCAAUCCACUGAUUUAUACCAUCUUUAAUGAAGACUUCAAAAAAGCAUUUCAAAAACUUGUGCGAUGUCGAUGUUAA